AUGGGGUACGCUUCCAUCUGCGACACCAUACUGAGCUUCUUGCGAAAGUUCUUCUCUCUGAUCCUCGCCAUUGCGAUGGGUUUCCUUACACUGCUGUACGCCAUUGGCGCUGGCGUGGUGACCACCCAGGCAAAGAGCUUCAGUAAGUCAGGCUUUGCCCAUUUCCUGGGCAUUAUCUUCGCUAUUACCUCCGCGAUGGGGUAUCUUAUCCUGCACUUUGUCCCCCGCAAGGCGUACCGUCUUCUCUACGCCCUCACAUUCAUUAUGCUCACAACGGUGCUCUUGGUGUCUCACUCGAUGGGGCUGGCGGCGCCGGUCGUAGCCGACUGCGGCGUCGCUGGAUCGCUGAACUUCACGGGCAACUACACGGGUAUCGGCAGCAUUGGCUCCAUACUGAAUGAUGAAAACCAAAACGUGACGAUUGGCCGCCUUGGCCAGCCGGUGGCGCAAUGCAAAGGCAACGCCCUUCUCUUUGCCGCCUCCUUCCUCAACAUGUUCCUCUACGUGAUUGCGCUGUUUGACGUGCAGACGGUGCUGCUGGCCCGCGUCAGGUCAAAGACCUACGGGGAGCGCUUUGUGGAGAUGGGCAUCAGUAACUAG